AACCCUUCACCAUAGUAGGUUUCCUUUAGUUUAGGUGCAGGGAUCACUUCUCGGUUUAUUCCGGGAGUUCUUGUAAUUCCGUUAGAAUGGAGAUCGACUCCGAGUCCCGCGCCGACAGCACCAGCACCAUUACUGACAGAACCAGGAAGAGCUCAAAUAUAGAGAGUUUAGGUUUGUCUCACUCCAAGCUGGCUUACGAUGGAAACUUUAUUCGCUCUGCUUCUGGCGCGUUUAUGGCUGGAGAAAUCGUGUUUGGGCUUCUGGUGUGGACUCUGAUUGGUGGGACAGAGUACCUCCAUGUUCCUGCACUGGUAUGGGUAAUGUUUGUGUCAGUGUUUUAUUGGGCGCUUACUGUCAUUCUCUUCCUCAUAUACCUGACUAUGGCCCACACCAGGAUUCCCCAGAUCCCAUGGAAAAUUUCGGGAAUAUGUUUUAAUGGCAGUGCCUCUGUAUUGUACCUGGCAGCGGCUGUGAUUUGUGGCAUAUCUUUGAAUGUGGCCAUUAAGGGGCGCUACUACUUCAUCAGCUGGGUUGCAUCGACGAUAUUUGCCUCACUGGCUAUGGUGUGUUAUGCAGGAAACACGGUUGUGAAUUUCAAAUCGUGGAGAACAAAAAGUGAAGAGACAUAAGGAAAUGUUUUUAGUUUGUUUUUAGUCUGUUCGUUUUUACUAUCCCUGGGGGAUCAUUUCUGCAAAUUAAAAUAAUCACAUAAAAAGGUAAUUUUGCUGUGGUUAAAAUGCCAAAAAUAUGUGUAGCAUCUGUCCUGUAAGUAAAACUUGAACUGUAAACUACGAAAGAUUUAAAAGUUUUUAUCUUCUUUUUAAUGAUUAUUGUUGCAGAACAAAACAAUCUUUUAAGCCCAUGCUGUAUCACUAUGGUAAGCCUACUGUAAUGAUUUAUAUGCAGAGUUGUUGGAUUCACUUUGUUGGGAAGUUUUAGGAUUUUAUAAUUUAUCUUUGCUUGAAUAAAAAGGGCAAUUAUUACGUAAAAUCCAUUUUACUUGAUAUUUGUGUACACACCUACCCUAUAACGGUAAAAAUGCACCUAAUUCUUUUUUAUAUUCACUGUAAAUCAUAAACAUAGUCUCAAAAAGAGUGCUGUCAUUUCAAUCAUUUCAAUCAUUUUUAUUUA